GUAACUUACAACCUCGAGGAUUUGUUCCGCAGCAUCAGUUAAUAUAAAAAUUAAAUAGUACUUUAAUCGCAAAUACUUUAAUUUUACAUCAAAAAUGAAAUAUCAAAUUGUUUUGCUGUGCGCCUGUUUCGCUGCUGUAUGCCUAGCCGCACCACGACCUGAUGAAGCCGAUGAAAAAGCAGAGACACUGCGUCUGGAAACUGAGAACAAUGGCGUUGAUAAAUAUUCAUUUGCUUAUGACACCAGCAACGGCAUUUCGCGCUCAGAAGAAGGAGAACUAAAGACCAUUGACGAUAACGCUGCUAUCGUUGUGCAUGGCAGCACCUCUUGGACAGCACCUGAUGGCAAAAAAUUCGAAAUCAUUUUCACAGCCGAUGAGUUCGGCUAUCAUCCCUCAGUUAAACUAGUCAGCUAAAUAAUAUUUAGUGUUGCUUAGUGCUAACAGGAAUACUGCCGCCAGGAAAUGUGUUUAAAUUUUAUCUAGUAAAUAAUACAUUCGAAAUAAAUAAUUA